AUGAAACCAGGGAAUGAGACACAAAUUCCACAAUUCCUUCUCCUGGGACUUUCAGAGGAACCAGAAUUGCAGCCCUUCCUCUUUGGGCUAUUUCUGUCCAUGUACCUGCUCACCGUGCUCGGGAACCUGCUCAUCAUCCUGGCCACAAUCUCAGACUCCCACCUCCACACCCCCAUGUACUUCUUCCUCUCCAACCUGUCCUUUGCAGACAUCUGUUUUGUGUCUACCACUGUCCCAAAGAUGCUGGUGAACAUCCAGACACAGAGCAGAGUCAUCACCUAUGCAGGCUGCAUCACCCAGAUGUGCUUUUUUAUACUCUUUGUAGUGUUGGACAGCUUACUCCUGACCGUGAUGGCCUAUGACCGGUUUGUGGCCAUCUGUCACCCCCUGCACUACACAGUCAUUAUGAACUCCUGGCUCUGUGGACUGCUGGUUCUGGUGUCCUGGAUCGUGAGCAUCCUAUGUUCUCUGUUACAAAGCAUAAUGGCAUUGCAGCUGUCCUUCUGUACAGAAUUGAAAAUCCCUCAUUUUUUCUGUGAACUUAAUCAGGUCGUCCACCUUGCCUGUUCCGACACUUUUAUUAAAGACAUGAUGAUGAAUUUUACAAGUGUGCUGUUGGGUGGGGGAUGCCUCGCUGGAAUAUUUUACUCUUACUUUAAGAUACUUUGUUGCAUAUGUUCAAUCUCACCAGCUCAGGGGAUGAAUAAAGCACUUUCCACCUGUGCAUCUCACCUCUCAGUUGUCUCCUUAUUUUAUUGUACAGGCGUAGGUGUGUACCUUAGUUCUGCUGCAACCCAUAACUCACUCUCAAAUGCUGCAGCCUCAGUGAUGUACACUGUGGUCACCUCCAUGCUGAACCCCUUCAUCUACAGCCUGAGGAAUAAAGACAUAAACAGAGCUCUGAAUCGAUUCUUCAGAGAGCAGAAAUAG